CCACUGCCGCCAGAGAAAGAGCACUCUUUCUCAACAAAAAAGAAACUUCAGUUUUAAUCGAAAUUUCAAUCUCGACACUUUAAUUUUUCUUUUCAAUCUCAAUGUUCACGGUUAAAGACGACCCGCUAACACGCGCAGUUUCACUUUUAGGGCGAAUUAGUGCCGAUAAAGUUCAGAUCGGUUCAUCAUCAUUAAGAAGAUCGGCUAGAAGGAGUUUUGAAGAAAUCAAAAGAACUAAUAGUACCGUUGAAGGUGCUAUGCCAGGGUUGGAUAUUUUAAGAGGAGUUUAUACCUUAACUCAGAUUAAUCAUGUAACAAUCGAUUCAUUGAUUUUUCGUCUACACAGUAACGCAACUGUAAUUCUUUUGGUAACAUUUUCUAUCGCUGUUACAACAAGGCAAUACGUGGGGAAUCCCAUAGAUUGUGUUCAUACAAAAGACAUCCCAGAAGAUGUUUUAAACACUUAUUGUUGGAUCCAUUCAACUUACACGAUGAUGGAAGCUUUUUUAAAACGACCCGGAUAUCAAGUACCUUACCCCGGCAUUGAAAACUCAUUUCAAAAAUCUCCCGGAAGGAAUCAAAUCAAACAAGUUAAAUACUACCAGUGGGUGGCAUUUAUGUUGUUUUUUCAGGCGAUUCUCUUUUACACACCCCGAUGGCUGUGGAAAUCAUGGGAAGGAGGAAAAAUACACGCUUUAAUGAUGGACCUCGACAUCGGAAUUUGUUCGGAAACCGAAAAGAAGUUAAAAAAACGUUUAAUGCUCGACUAUUUAUGCGAAAACUUUCGAUAUCACAAUUGGUGGGCGUAUAAAUAUUUCAUCUGCGAGUUUUUAGCUCUUGUAAAUGUUAUAGGGCAAAUGUUUUUGAUGAACCGUUUCUUCGACGGCGCCUUCCUCACGUUUGGAAUCAAAGUAAUCAAAUUUAUGGACGCAGACGAAGAAGAUCGCGUCGAUCCGAUGAUUCAAAUCUUUCCAAGAAUGACCAAAUGCACCUUUUACAAAUACGGGGUUUCCGGCGAAAUCGAACGUCACGACGCAAUCUGCAUUUUACCAUUAAACGUCGUUAACGAAAAAAUUUACGUUUUCCUUUGGUUUUGGUUCAUCAUUUUGGCUUGUUUGUCGGCGGGGAUUCUCGUUUAUCGAACGAUUAUAAUCUUAUCACCGCGAAUGAGAGUUUAUUUGCUUCGAUUUCGAUUCCGAUUGAUUCGCAAAGAAGAUCUCGAUUUAAUCGUGAAAAAGGGUAAAAUGGGCGAUUGGUUCUUGUUCGUGAUGUUGGGCGAGAACGUCGAUUCCAUUAUAUUUAGGGACGUUAUACACGAAUUAGCGACCAAAUUACGAGCGCAAUUAUUGGAAUAUACUCCGGGGUUCCGGAUGCCGGAGCCUUAAUCGUACCAAACAUGUGUUCUCAAUUAAUAAUACCAAAGACGAAUAUUAAAAAAACUAAAUAUAAAAAGAUAUCGUUUAUUACGUUUUGUCGGAAGUUGUUGUUUCGUGUACGAAGUUUUUUUCGGUAAAUAAAGUAUUUUUCUUUUUCUAAAAUAUUUUUUUUUCGUUUACAACCAUAAAUAGACAGAGAAGUUGUAGAGUGAUUUAUUAAACGUCCGUUGUAAGACAAUGGUAUCACAUUUCAUUGCCUGUAUAGACCACAUAGAACACCUACUCAAUGUCUGAAGUCGAAAAAAUCAACGAAACAACCACCGUGUUAUAACAAAUGAUUCGAAGAGAGUUGAUUGAUGUACUGAUUAUAUCUAUCUGAUUAUAUCUAAUAAUUUUUAAAUAAAAGUAUGUUUAAGUUAUUA